AUGGAAAUCUCAUUUAAAGGGAAACGUAUUCUUGUCACCGGCGCUGGACAAGGUAUUGGCAGAGGUAUAGUAGUAGAAUUAUGGCGAGCAGGAGCCAAUAUCGUUGCACUUUCUCGAACAAGAAGUCAUUUAGAAAGUCUACAAAUGGAGUAUCCAUCAAUUGAUAUUGUAGAUGUAGACAUAUCUGACUGGAACAAAACAAGGGAAAUAAUUGAAUCUUUAGGACAUUUUGAUGCAUUAGUGAACAAUGCAGCCAUAGCUGUAUGUGAACCUUUCCUUAGUUCUUCUCCAGCUAACUUUGAUAAAAUGUUUGAUGUAAAUGUAAAAGCAGUAUUAAACAUAAGCCAAGUAGUUGCUAAAAAAAUGAUUGAAAAUAAAACUGCUGGUGCCAUAGUGAACAUAUCUUCACAAGCCUCUAAGGCUGCCCUAAAAGACCAUGCCAUAUAUAGUGCUUCAAAAGCUGCAUUAGAUGCCUUAACUCGUGCCAUGGCCUUAGAACUUGGUCCUUUUGGAAUUAGGGUAAAUGCUGUUAAUCCAACUGUGAUAAUGACUGCAAUGGCUCAGGUUGGUUGGUCGGAUCCUGAAAAAAGCUCUGAAAUGAAGGCAAAAAUACCACUUGGAAGGUUUGGUGAAGUAGCUGAAGUUGUUAAUGCAGUUGUUUUCCUACUAAGUGAGAAAUCUAGCAUGAUCAAUGGUGUGGAAUUGCCAAUAGAUGGUGGCUUCCUUGCUACA